AAGCAGAAGACGCCUCACAGUCACAUACCAUACCAUCACACAGCAGCUCACAGCACAGCACUAAUGGCGGCCGCGGCCAUGGAGCCCAGGGAGGUGAAGCUGUACGGCGCCUGGGGCAGCGCCCACGCCGCCAUGGCCCGGAACGCGCUGGCGCUCAAGGGCGUGCGGUACGAGUACGUGGAGGAGGACCUGGACAACAAGAGCGAGACUCUGCUGCGCCUGAACCCCGUCCACGGCAAGGUGCCCGUCCUCGUCGUCGACGGCCGGCCGCUCGCGGAGUCGCUCGUCAUCAUCGAAUACGCCGACGAGGCGUGGCCCGAGGGCCGCGGGUACCCGCCGGCGCUGCUCCCGGGUGCCCCGCGCGCGCGCGCCGCGGCCAGGUUCUGGGCGCGGUUCUUCCACGACGAGGUGUCGCCGCUGUCGCGCGCGGUGGUGCUCGCGGACGCGAGGGCGGAGCGGGAGGAGCUGGCGAGGGAGGUGAAGGAGCGGAUGGCCGUGAUGGAGGCCGGAAUAGCGGAGGACUUCCCGUGCGGCCGCGAGGAGGGCCCGUUCGUGCACGGGCGGAGCCCCGGGCUGCUCGACGUCAUACUGGGCUCCUGCAGCUCGGGGACCCGGGUGCUGUCCGCCGUCUCCGGGGUCGAUAUCGUGGAGCCCGGCGCGACGCCGCGCGUGCACGCCAGCGUGGCCGCGUUCGACGAGCUCGCCGCCGGGUUCGGUACCACCGUCCCGCACGAGCUCCUCCUCGCGCGGCUCCUCGAGAGGAAGGCCAGGUCUCGCGCCGCGGCCGCGUGACGCGUGCAUGCUCGAUCUCUGCCCGUGCCCGUAACUGUUCUUCGGUGGACCUCGGGGCUUGUUUGGUGCGUGCCUUGUUGGAUAAGUCUGUUACCGACUAGUGUACAGUUACGCGUUCCUAUCUUUCAGCUUAGCUAAGAUUAGCUAGGGUGCAUGCAGCCGCUCGCCGUGCUCGCCGUGCUCGCUUUAUCCGUGGCAUGUCCCAGCGAUGUGGGAUGGCGCGUCGUUUGCACGAACGUGCCGUGUUUAGCUUUGUAAUUAGGCUUUAUAUUCUGCAAUCAAGGGAAAAAACACUGCCGCUUCGCCGCACCAAAA